AUUGUUCAGCCGUUGCCUUACAAAUCUGCUGUGAACCAGGGAUGGACUGUGAGUCGGCCUUCGUCGGAGAAUGCUUCUGCCCGUUCGGUGAAAUUCCAAAAGAUGGCCCGGUCGAAUGUUGUACUCUUGACUGUGGUCUGGGACAGGCGUGCAACGCAGCAGGAGCGUGCCAACCUCCCCUUGAAUUUGGAGACAAAUGCGUCGAGGACGGUGUCCGCUCUUCAAACGCAUGCGACAGAAGGGCAGGCAUCAAAUGUCACACGUACGACUGCUGUGGAGAAGAAGGAAAUGACAUCGAGUGCCGCGACAAGUACUGCCUGUGUGAAACCCCUCGUGGCUUUGUGUACAACAACGAAACCGUUCCCUGCCUAGACGUGGGAGGCCGACCGCCCAAAAAGGAUUGUCUGGAUGCCCCUGUUGGGUUCGGUGCUAUACCUGUUUAACGAAGAGUUGCGAGCGUGGGCUAUCGGUGACCUCGACGGUAGCCAACAUACAGUUACGAUUUUACUGUCCAAAUUGCAUCUUAAAACGUUUUGCUGACACCUCUGCACAUGCUCUAGAUUUCGUAAACAGCAUUUGGUACUGACAAUCUCAAAAGUAAAUAUUUAUAUAACCAAAUGUAUAAGAGUUUCACAGUAUUUGGACAUCAGAGAAUGCACGAUAAAAGCUACGUAAAUCGUCAUUUUAAUAUAUUGAAAAAUAAUUUAUAUCCGACCAUGUCUAAUCUUCCCGUUCUUGUACUAAAAUAACUUGUAUAUAAAGACAGUAUGAACAACAAAGAUGACAAACAGUCUUCCUUAGCCUGUCUGCUUACAUACUGUGUAUACAUAUUUACAUACAUCAAUCAAUUUGAACUGUAUGCGGCAUUGGAGUUUUAAAUUCGUGUGCAUGUAAACAUAAAAAAGAAUACAUUGAUACAAAUAUUAAGUGUAAACAUUCUGUUGAUCAAUUGCUCAGUUCGAUGUCACCAUGCUUAAGUAAAUUAAUGUAUUUACAUUUUAUGUAUUCCACUUCCUUCUAAUAAAACGU